AUGGCGAUUAUCCGCAAGCUGGGUCUCCUGCUUGCUGCAGCCUCAGUCCUCUCUCUAGGCCUCGUCGCCAGGACCGAGGCGGCUGCCUGCAAAUAUAACAGCGGCCUUGCAUUCCGCUUUGGCGGCCACUGCGCGCGCUACAUCUCCGCGGAUACCCUCACAAGCGGUGGCAAGCCCAAGCCAGUACCAAGUCUACCGAAGGGUGCAUUCAAGGUCGUCGGCGACUCUGGUGUGGCUGCACAACACAUCUCCCUGGUGACUCCCACAAGGAUGUUGAUCAUCGACAAGGCCGAGGCCAACCCACCCAAGCUGCCCGACGGAACAUCUGCAUACAAUGUCGAGUAUGACCUUGUCAAGAACGAAUAUCGCGUGCUUGAGGUCCAGACCAAUACCUUCUGCUCCGGUGGUGGCUUCCUGCCCAACGGUACGAUGAUCAGCGCUGGCGGUGCCGAAUUGCGUCGCUCGCGUGCCUUCCAUACCGAGUCCGGUUUCCAGUCCCUACGCAUGUGGCAGCCCUGCGAGGACAAGUCCUGCGGCUGGCUCGAGAGCCCCGCGGACCCCGCCUGGCAAAUGACCGGCAACCGCUGGUACGUGUCCAUCACAACACUACCCUCGGGUGAGCUCUUUGUCCUUGGUGGCAGUAACGAGUCCCUAGCUGUCAACCGACUUGCCACCAACAACCCCACUUGGGAAAUCUUCCCCAAGCCAGCGGGUAUUAAGGCCGCUGACUACAAACCAACGUUUAUGCAGUUCAUGGUCGAUGCUCUGCCCAACAACCUCUACCCGAACGUGUACUCGUUGCCCGACGGAAACGUUUACAUCUUUGCAAAUCGAAAAUCGAUGAUCUUCAACGUCGAACGCAAUGAGGUCAUCAAACGCUUGCCCGAUAUUCCUGGUGGUCCUCGCUCUUAUCCUCUUACUGGAUCCCAUGUUCUCCUACCAUUGGAUCCAGCCAAGAACUAUGCCCACGAGGUUCUGGUUUGCGGUGGAUCUGAGGCUCAGCUCCAGCACGCCAAGGCCCUCCAGAGCUGUGGUCGCAUUAACCUCAACGACGUUGACCCACAAUGGGAAAUGGAUGAGAUGCCUACGCCUCGUCUUAUGGGCGACGCUAUUAUUCUCGCGGAUGGCAAGGUCAUGAUGUUGAAUGGCUGCAAGACCGGAUACGCUGGCUUCCGUCAUGGUAACGAUCCAGUCUUCACUCCGGUUAUCUACGAUCCCGCGGCGCCUCUUGGCUCAAGGUUCACUGAGUGGGUCCCCAGUAACAUUGCAAGAAUGUACCACUCUGUCGCGAUGCUGUUGCCGGACGGCAGCGUCUUUGUCGCAGGCUCGAACGAAAACUCCGAGGAUGUGCCGUUCCCAACCGAAUACCGCAUCGAGAACUUCACGCCUCCAUACCUGACGACGGAUCUGGCCCGUCCUGAGAUUGUGUCAAAGGUGCCUGAGAAGGUGACCUAUGCCCAGAAAGUCCAGGUGACGAUCGAUGUGAAGGAUACGAGCAAGUACGAGCCAGAAGUGACCUUUAUGCUGGGCCAUAAAGGCUUCGUGACGCACAGCACGCACAUGUCGCAGAGGAUGACCAAGUUAGUGUCGACACAAGGCAAGAUGGAAGGCACGAGUAUCACAUACGAGGUCGAGAUGCCACCGAAUGCGAACUUGAUGCCACCGGGCCCCCAUUAUAUCCAUGCCUUGAACAAUGGCGUCCCGUCCAUCGCUGUCCAUUUGAUUCUUAACUAA